GAUUGUUGGUUGGAGCGCUAUGAUUUUCUCGGAGUUUCGGUGGAUGGAAGAAAAACACUCGAGUGGCCAACGCGAAAAGGAAAAUUAUCCCUAAUGGCUGCUUCCACUCAAAAUGGCGGCAUGCUGGAGUGUGUGAAAGAGUCUUUCCUAUGUGUGCUGAAGUUAGUGCCCCGUGGACUGACUUUAGGGCCUUCAUUAGCUAAAAAUGGGCAAAUGGGGUUAUGGUGUGUCGGAUGGCCCUUAAAGAGUGGAACACUUUUGGGGCUGGAGGAACCAGAUAAGGUACCAGAAAAUGAUGAGACAGGUAAAGUGAGCAGAUGCAUCAAAGGAGCUGAAGAAGAAAUUUCAGACAGAACGUACUGGAUGAGGUUUGCUUGCAGUGCUCUGAGUGAAGAUCAGAGGAACAUCAUUGUGGAUGAGGUGGAUGGAAAACCCUGUUUCAGGACCUGUAAGGACAUCAGUCAGGGAACAGAGCUCCUGGUUUGGCCAGAAGUUCAGAGAAUUCUGAAUGAACAUAUGAAGAAUAAGGCAGUGGCUGCAACAGAAGAACUCAGCAAACAGGAAACACCACAGAGGGAAAAAGAGGAUGAGUCACGGAAGCCUGGUUAUGGAAAGCAGGGCUCUGAGGAGGAAGCAAAACAGCCGGAGGAUAAACAUCCAGUCAACAACUCAGAAUUGAACAUACUAGAAAGCAGAGAUGGUCAUGCAAACCAUGUGAUGAAUACCUGUGCUACUGAGACACUGGAAAGCCUAACUGGAGCCGCAGCACUGGAGCUAGCGGGACCACCUGAGCAGCUAGGAUCGGCUGUGAGAGCCAGCUGUCGUCUUGCAACGAAACCCCGCAUAGUGCACUCACUAAGCAGCCGUUCCAUCAAGCAAUCACAAGGGCAAAGACGAAGAAAUGCUCAUUAUUUUACGAAAAACUCUCAGACUAAACAGACUGCGAACGAAAAUGAAGGAGAAACCCAAGAGAUCUCGGCCCAUAAGCAGAACGUAAGAGCGGAUAAUAAGCCUGAGGAAGGAUUCACGAAAGAGCAUUCUCAAGACAUUAAGAAUCUGCGAGAGCGUAAGUACAAGUGUGAUGAGUGCGAAAAGGGUUUCUUCCAGCUCUGUCACUUAAAGAAGCACAAGCUCACACACUCUAAGUUGAAGCCAUAUGUUUGUACAGAGUGUCAAAAGCGCUACAGUUCUAAGGAGAGUUAUCAGGCCCACAUACUCACGGUGCACGAUGGACAGCGACCUUACAAGUGCCAGCAUUGUGAAAAGAGCUAUGGUCUGAAACGUGACCUCAAAGAGCACCAAGUCGUACACACGGGUGAGAAACCGUUCGUGUGUGAUGUGUGCGGCAAGGCUUUUGCACGCCGGCCUUCUCUGCGAGCCCACAGGUGCGUCCAUGAGACCAAAAAUCUUGCCAGAUUGAAAUGCACAGAAUGCAACAAAGAACUCGCCAACCAUAACUCUCUUAGGGCCCACAUGCGUUUGCACACAGGCGAGCGGCCGUACGCAUGCCCGCACUGUGCCAAAUGCUUCCGGCAGCGUUCUAACCUGCAGGGGCAUCUACGCCUUCACACGGGCGAAAAGCCCUUUAGGUGCCCACAUUGUGAGCUCCGUUUCUCACAGGCACCAGAGCUGAAACGCCAUCUGAUUAUCCACACGGGUGAGGCAUACCUCUGCCCGGUUUGUGGUAAGGCGUUACGAGACCCACAUACACUGCGGGCACAUGAGCGUCUGCAUAAUGGCGACAGACCCUAUAAAUGCCAGGAUUGUGGAAAAGGGUAUACGAUGGCGACCAAGCUCCGCAGGCACAUGAAGUCACACCUGGAAGAAAAGCCGCACAAGUGUGAGAUUUGCGGAAGCAGGUAUACGUUGAUGCAAAGUCUACAGCGCCACCUGAGAGUACAUGCAGAUCAGACGGAGGCCGGGCACACAAUGCCAACUAGGGGGCGACCUCGAAAAUCAAACCAUAAAGAGGCGCAGAAAAAGGAGCAAACUCUGUUUUUUGUUCACACUCUGCAGGAUACCAGAAUGACACGUCACCCCGAAGAGGCCGAGGAAGGUUUGGAACAUUUGGAACUCAAUCCCAAUGUUAUAGAAAUUGUUAUGUCCACUGACGGCACCAAGUGCAUUCUGGUUCAAGGACAGGAUCCUAAUACCGAGUGUAUUCUUUUACAUCAGCAGGACGCUAAUCCAGUAGAGAACCAGGAUAAGAAUAUUAAAUAUGCUGCUGUGGAAGAGCAGCCUGAGAACAGUAACAUCGUCAUUGAUGAACUAAACUCGGUGGCAGAGACCAUUGAAAUAGAGACAGGAAUUGAUGACUGAAUAUGUUGAGCUUUCUUACUGGCUUGCAGGUACAUUUCAUUCUGAAAUGGCAGCAGUUGAGUUUAAGACGUUAGUAAAUAUUGACUCAUCUGUACACUGAACCUUGUGUCAUCACUGUUUGUGCCAGAUCUGAGCACAGUGUACAAAACAAAUCUCUGCUGGAAAAUGACUUUGUGGGGUGUUUUUCUUUCUUUCUUUUUUUAUUUGAAUUUUUUUUUUUUUUUAUCACGAUCGUGUAUUAAAAAGUUUCACCCGUCAUGUUUAGAAGAGGCUCUAGUGAGGCUGCAUAAAAAUCUCAACAUGUAUUUUGAAUCCUGAAUGUGAAUGUUUAAAAAUGUAUUUUAAAAAAAUCUA